GGUAUCCGUGCGCGGAGGUAAACACAAGGGCGGAGCAAUGCGGCUGACGAAUUAGUUGGUGGCCAACGUGUAUGUAAAGAUGCUCUGAACUCAUAAAGUUUCAAAAUUAGCCGUGCGCAAACAAGAGUGAAGUUUUCACGUAGACUUACAAGUCAAGAGUGCAUUUUAACUAGAAAAAUACGUGUUAGUCAUAGGUGUUUGCAAUUACCGUUUGGGUCUAUUUGUACUUUAGCUGGCACAUGGAACAAACUACACAAAAGUGGAUUUCCACGAAAAUUAAAGAGGAUUUUAAACAGCGGAGUCUUUUAUUUUAAGAGUUGUUGCAGAGUAAUCUACAAAAAACUGUACGUUCAUCUAAAUAGGAGGCGAUUUUGAGGAGUGUGUUUAGUUUGUUUCGAGUUUGAAUGGCGCGUGCAAUAGAUGACAAAGAAUGGCAACGUUUUUUCUAAGAGUACUGUUUGUUUGCGCGUCAGAAAGAGAAACGGUAUAAAAUUGGCCGCAACAAGCGGUAAAUAUUACCUUUGCUUUGUCCUUUUAACACGUUUGUUCUAAGCUACAAAUGAGUGAACAUGCUGACUUCGUCUCUAGAUUUUUGAGCGGAUGUGGUCUCAGCCUAAGAGCAGUCACGUCACGGUGAGUGUGUGUAUGUGCGCGUGUGUGUGUUGAUUGUUCGUGUUGUUCGAGUGUUGCCGGACUCGGGGAGUAACGAACGGACAGACCGUGUUGCGGAUCCCAGGAAGUUCUGUCUCAGCUUUGCCGAGCGACUCGAUUCUGCUCCGGAACCGGACCUGCAGGAUGACCCAGCAGGGCCCGGCCGAGUUUACCCCACCGCCGGAGUGCCCGGUGUUCGAGCCCAGUUGGGAGGAAUUUAAAGACCCGUUUGCGUUUAUCAAUAAAAUCCGACCUAUCGCCGAGAAAACCGGGAUCUGCAAGGUUCGACCGCCUCCGGACUGGCAGCCCCCAUUCGCAUGUGACGUCGACAGACUUCAUUUUACUCCACGGAUCCAGAGGCUAAAUGAGCUAGAGGCUCAAACCAGAGUCAAACUCAACUUCUUGGAUCAGAUCGCCAAAUUUUGGGAUCUACAAGGAUGCACGCUCAAAAUUCCCCACGUGGAGAGGAAAAUCCUCGAUUUGUACCAGCUCAACAAAUUGGUUGCAGAUGAGGGUGGGUUCGAUUUAGUUUGUAGAGAGAGGAGAUGGACCAAGAUCGCCAUGACGAUGGGUUUUGCCCCAGGCAAAGCUGUGGGCUCCCACCUGAGAGCCCAUUACGAGAGGAUCCUGUACCCGUACAACCUCUUUCAGUCUGGGACAAAUCUGCUGGCUCCUGAAUUUGCAGUCAAACUGACAGGUUUUGGGGAGCCUCCUGUGCUGGAGGAGUGUCUGCAGAAGCCUGGGGAUGAGGUGAAUGACAUUGACAAAGAGUAUAAACCCCACGACCUACUGCAGAGGCAAAAUGUUCCACUUCAGCCUAGCAACACGAGCGCACCGGCUAGACGAGCCAAGAGGAUGAAAACAGAGUCUGGCUGUAUUAAGUCAGAGGAAGGUGAGGGGGUUGAGAACAAGCCAAAUCUCAGGAGGAGGAUGGGUUCUUUCGUUGUCAAGACUGAACAAAAAAAGGAGAUCCCUAUACAGGUGAAAGAGGAACCUGUGGAGAUAAAAGAGCUGAAUCCUGAACCGGAGAAAAGCAAACCGAAGAAGAAAAACAUCCCCCCUCCUCCAGUCAGCAUGGUGGACCUCUAUGUGUGUUUAGUGUGUGGAAAGGGAAACGACGAGGAUCGGUUGUUGCUAUGCGACGGUUGUGAUGACAGCUACCACACAUUCUGCUUAAUCCCGCCCCUAACCGAUGUUCCGAAAGGUGAUUGGCGGUGCCCUAAAUGUCUGACUCAGGAGUGCUGUAAACCUCAGGAGGCAUUUGGCUUCGAGCAAGCACACAGAGACUAUACUCUCAAAGCCUUUGGGGAAAUGGCAGACUCCUUCAAGUCAGAUUAUUUCAACAUGCCUGUUCAUAUGGUACCCACUGAAUUAGUGGAAAAAGAGUUCUGGAGGUUGGUCGGCACCAUUCAGGAGGAUGUGACAGUGGAAUAUGGCGCUGACAUUGCCUCAAAAGAGUUCGGAAGUGGGUUUCCAAUCAAAGGUGGAAGAUUUAAGAUUGCACCGCACGAUGAGAAAUAUCUUCAGUGUGGUUGGAACCUGAACAAUAUGGCAAUGAUGACACCAUCAGUGCUGACACACGUCACUGCUGAUAUCUGUGGAAUGACUUUGCCAUGGCUGUAUGUGGGCAUGUGCUUCUCAUCGUUCUGCUGGCACAUUGAGGACCACUGGAGCUAUUCCAUCAACUACCUGCACUGGGGAGAACCUAAGACCUGGUAUGGUGCUCCGGGUUUUGCUGCUGAGCAGUUGGAAGCCGUCAUGAAGAAACUGGCCCCAGAACUAUUUGAUUCUCAGCCCGACCUUCUACACCAGCUUGUCACAAUCAUGAAUCCUAAUACACUCAUGGCCCAUGGAGUACCAAUUUACAGAACCAAUCAGUGCGCAGGAGAGUUUGUCAUUACUUUUCCGCGAUCCUAUCACAGUGGCUUCAACCAGGGCUUCAACUUUGCAGAGGCUGUGAACUUUUGCACAGUGGACUGGAUGCCACUGGGGCGUCAGUGUGUGGAUCACUACCGCCAGCUGCAUCGCUACUGUGUGUUUUCUCAUGAUGAGAUGGUGUGUAAUAUGGCCAUGAAGGCUGACUGUCUUGAUGUGGUUCUGGCGUCAGCCGUACAGAAGGACAUGCAGCUCAUGAUCAAAGAAGAGAGAGAGCUGCGGGAGAAAGUCCGUAAGAUGGGGGUGGCCCAGUGCGAGUUGUUUCAAUAUGACUUGCUGGCAGAUGAUGAGAGACAGUGUGUGAAGUGUCGCACCACCUGUUACCUGUCUGCUCUCACCUGUCCCUGCAGACCAGGAGUCCAGGUGUGUCUGUACCACACCCACGACCUCUGCUCCUGCCCUAUCUCCAACUACACUCUCAAUUAUCGUUUCACACUGGAUGACCUUUACCCGAUGAUGAACGCUGUGCGGCAGAGGGCAGAGUAUUACGAUGAUUGGGCCUCAAGAGUGACAGAGGUCAUGGAAGCAAAGCUAGACAAGAAACGCAAUGUCACUGUGUUUCGCACACUUCUGGAGGAGUCCAAUGAGCAGUCGUUCCCAGAGAAUGACCUGUUACGUCAGCUGAGGCUGGUUACUCAAGAUGCUGAGAAAUGCUCGUCUGUUGCCCAGCAACUGCUAAAUGGCAAGCGGCAGACCAGGUACCGCACAGGCAAGGCUAAAUCUCCUAAUCAGCUCACAGUGGAGGAAAUGAGAUCAUUCGUCCGCCAGCUUUAUAACCUCCCCUGCAGCCUGACACAAGCACCGCUUCUCAAGGAGCUGCUUAACAGCAUAGAGGAUUUCCAGCAGCACAGUGAGAAGCUUCUAUCUGAUGAAGUGAGCGCAGAUGCAGUGAGCGAGAUCGAGUCUUUGCUGGAGGAAGGCUCUCAGUUCGAUGUGUUUCUUCCGGAGCUGCCGCUGCUACGGGAGCGUCUGGAACAGGCUCGAUGGCUCACCGGAGUUCACCAAGCAGAGGAUCCCGUAGCAAACCCCUGCGGUCUCUCUCUGGAGAGCAUGCGGAGGCUGAUCGACCGAGGGGUUGGACUGACGCCUCAUCCCUCCAUAGAACGCAUGAUGGCUCGAUUGCAGGAGCUGCUUACCGUCUCAGAGGAGCUGGAGGAGAAUGCGCAGGCUCUGCUGAAGGCCAGACCUCCAGAGAGUUUAGAGACACUCUGCUCCAUGUUGACUCAGGUGGAAGGUGUACCUGCAUACCUACCAAACUGCCUCCUACUACAGGACACAGUGAACAGGGCUAAAGAAUGGCUUCAAGAAGCAGAGAGUUUACAGGUGGGAGGUCAGGUGCCGGUUUUCAGCUCGCUCUCUGAUAUGGUUCUGAGAGCUCAUUCUAUUCCUGUGCGACUGGAGCCCCUGGACCAGCUGGAGGUUCAGGUAUCAGAGGUGCAGUCCUGGAAGGAGACGGCAGCUAAAACCUUCCUAAUCAAGAGCUCCCCCUUCACGCUGCUGGAGGUCUUAUGUCCUCGAUGGGAAAUGGGCAGCUCUUUGAAAAAGAAGAAGAUGAGAAAGAUGAAGGGCGACUGUGUGUCAUCAGGGAAGAAGAAGUUUGUGAAGCUGGACAGUAUGAGUGACGUCGAGAGAGCACUUUCAGACAGUAAAGACUCUGCAUCUGCUAUGUUUACUUUGGCUGAGGUGCGUUUAAAAGAGCUGGAGUCACUCUGCUCUCUGCGUGCAUCGAAUGAAUCCAAGCUCCUGCCCACAGCCGACUGCGCCUCGCUCAAAGUGUGUGUGUGUCAGAAACCAGCCAUGGGCGCCAUGCUGCAGUGUGAGCUGUGCCGGGACGCUUUCCACAGCGUGUGUGUGCGGGGUCCCUCAGACCCCCUGGACCCUGAAGCGUGGCUUUGUCCAUUAUGCCUGAGGUCGACCAAACCGCCUCUGGAUAAGAUCAGGAGCCUGCUGUCUUCACUGCAGCGGAUCCGCGUGCGCUUACCUGAAGGCGAUGCUUUACGUUAUAUGAUCGAGCGCAGUGUGAGCUGGCAGCGGAGGGUGCGAGAGGUUAUAGACUCUUAUGGGCUCUCGUCAACCUCUCAGGAUGGCAGAGGAGCUUCACCUUCACAGAACCUUUACAGGAGCACUGGCCACAGCAGGAAGCUGCAGCUGUGUGGCUCUCCAUCUCGGUGUCAGGACUGGGCAGUUUCAGGGCAGGAGCAGACGGUGUUUUACACAGAACAGCGCUGUAUUCCUCUCCAGGGUCUCAGUCCAGAGCUGGAGGAGCUGAUGGUGGAGGGUUUGGUCCUGCAGGUUUCUUUGCCUGAGACCCAGCAGCUCUACAGGCUUCUGCUGUCUGGCCCGCCAACCACAAACACGUCCCACGCAGAACACAAGUCCUACCUCACACCACCACAGACAGAGACAGAUGCAAUCACUUCAGCAGAAAAGAAAGCCAAGCGGCGAAUGAACCGAGACGAGGUGGAUAUCAGGGAAAGAGGGACGAAGCUGAAAAGCAAGAAGCAGAGGAUGAUGGGUGUGGAGAAGCGGAGAGAGAGGAAAGCAGCGUCAGUCUCUGCGUCAGACAUGUCUCAGUCAGAAGACUCAGAGGAGGACAUGACUCUGUGUCCUGCAGAGAGCUGUCUCCAGCCUGAGGGAGAAGAGGUGGACUGGGUGCAGUGUGAUUGCUGUAACCGCUGGUUUCAUAUGAUUUGUGUGGGAGUCUCAGCAGAACUGGCAGCCGAGGAGGAUUACAUGUGUGUGAGCUGCAGCACAAGUCACAUGGACCGCCGGAAGUGAGACGUUCUCCCACCCCUCCGCUUUUCUCGGAUGUGUAACUGACCCCUCCCGUUCCCUAACCUAUGACCUCUGACCUUUGUAACAACGGUGCUAUUUUACUCUUUUUGUUGGACUCUGUCCUGAAUGAUACUCUUUGGUCACCUUUUUUUGUAUUUUUACAGAUCUUCUCCUUCUGUGGAACUGUUUGUGAUCGUCUAAAUCAAUGCUAAAUAUGCUCAAUGCUGAAUGAAUAUAGCGGUGCAUGGGGUUUGUGUUGGGGUUGUUUUCUGGCGUGGAGGAGUGACGCUCUGGAAAGGUCGUCUCUUCUGCAUGCACGACCGGAAACGCCCCGGCACAGGACAAACCGACAGUUUUCACCAAAUACAAUAAAGAAUAAAUACAGAGAGAUUAUUUUUUUGGAAACUAUGGCCGUUUCAGUACACAUCAUGCAUCUGGGAUUUUCUCCGUUGUGUCGUUUUAUUUCCUUUUUUGUAGAUUAGUUUUAUUUAUCGGAGCAAUAAUGUCGUUUGUACGUUUCUGGAGGUUUCGGCGGUCUCAGUUGUGUUGGGGAUUUUUAGAGAUGGUGGUCAGAUAUUCAGGAUAUGUAAUGGACACACACACAUACACACGUCAUACUUGUAGCAGACAGAAGAGUGUAAUGAACUGCCACAAAACCUGCUCAAGCCGUUCUGAAGGGUGAGGGUGGGGGUGAUGGGGUUUGGGGUUUGAUUAGCUUGUUAAAAAAAAAAAAAGUCCCAAUUUAUAGUGUGGAAUAAAACUCUUUGUUCUAAUAUCA